AUGGAGAGUGCAAACCCUUCCGCGCUUUGGGCCUCAUUGCCUAAGCGCGUGCGGUUGGGCUUGGGCGAUGACACGGGUGCUCCUCCUCCAUGCGAAGUGCUGGCGGAUUUGUUUGCAGACGAGUCCGAUCUGCGACUUUGCCUGUGCCAGUUGGGAGUUCAGGAGCCUGUCCCAUGUGAAGUGGUCCAAGCUUUGCUCCUAUUACAGAAACAAGCGAUCAACCCAUCUGCGCGACGCCAGAAGCGUCGAGCGUCCAUGUUUCCGGAGCAGCAAGCUUUGGCGAUACAAUCCAAGUGUGCUCGGGGGGCCCAGCCUCUGGUCAUUCCGGAUCGCGUUUGGCUGCUGAAGUCUUCAGGAGCUAUCCGGCGGGGAUUGACCAAGUGUCGGCCCGGCACACAAAAGGCUCUGUUGCCUCGAGCAGAGCAAGAAAAGAAGGAGCUAAUGCGCUGGAGAGCUUCGCUGAGUGAUUUUCUGCGUGAACUUGGCAUGCCGGUGGUUCAGCAGGUGCUUCUUUCUUCCAACCCAGACAAUGCCCUUGCCAAUGCUCUAGGUACUGUGCGUAGUGCUAGUUUGCGGAAACAUUUCAGAGAAGCCCGCAGGAUUAAAGCUUACAGCAAAGCAACGUCGGAUAGCAACUGGCCGCAGCACGUGGGAGUGAUUCUCAGCUACUUAGAAGAGCGGCGAUGCGAACCAUGUGGUCCAUCAGUGCCAGGUGCUAUCUUGCAGUCUCUAGCUUUCAUUGAAAAGGUUGGUGGCGUAGCUGUUAGUGAUCGCUUGUCGGAGUUGCCCGUUGUGCGCAAUACAGUGAACCAGCUCACCAUGGACCUUCAGCAUGGCGCCCCCCCAAAGCACCAGGCUCCCGCGCUCCCACUUGCAAUCGUUGCUGCAUUGGAAGUAACUGUCUGCGAUGCGGCUGCUGGCCAGUACACCCGUGGCUUUGCUUUCUACAAAUUGCUCAAAUUGUGGGCCGCAGGGCGGCAUUCCGAUUUUGAAGGUUUGAAUCCAUCCUCUCUAUUUCUAUCUGUUGCUGGUUUAGAGGGCCGCCUGGACCGGACCAAGACCAGUGGGCCAGUUUCUUUUUGGACAGAACAUUCAGAACGUAAUUGGCUCAUUUCUUUGCUUGCAGCCAUGGAAGUGCCGCCGGACCAGCGGGACUUCCUGGGGCGCUGGCGCGCUUCAUCCUCAAGCGAUGAAUACAUCCGGACAGCCCGGGUGAUUGUGAUGCGCUUGCAAGCUAAAGCAGUUCAAGGCGUGGUGCCUGGCGACGAUGCAUUGGAUAUGCAUCAGCCCUCUACGGCAUUGGGUGAAAGGGAUGCCGCAGAGUCCGCUCCUUUCUUCGUAUCCGUUGUUGGAAAGCGUCAGCUGCGACGGCUGCACAGAAGGGGCGGGUGCCCCACCUCGGCUGGUGAAGUCCGGGAAAUGAUCCCCCUCUGGAGCUUGGAAGGCGCCGAGUACCAUUUCGCUUGCAAACAUUGUUGGCGCCAUGGCUCCCAUCCAGUGGAGUCAUCCAGCAGCAGCAGCAGCGGCCUCGAUGCAUCUUCCAGCAGUGAAAGCUUGACUGAUUCUGAAUAA